AUGAGCCUUGCUUCAGAGGAUAAGCUGGCUAACAGAUCAUUACCAUACAGCGAGCAUCUCGCAGCUACUUUGAGGCCUUUUAUCAUUGGCGGUGCGUCGGGUCUCGUUGCUACAACAUGCAUUUACCCUAUCGACGUGAUCAAAGUGCGACUGCAGCUCGUAGGACAAGGCAGAAGCUCGCCAUCGGGCUUGUUCUCCGUUACUAGGGGCAUUGUAUCGCAGGGCAGGCUAUUGGACUUGUAUCAGGGAAUAUCUGCAGGCUACUUACGACAACUCGUCUAUGGGACAGCCCGUCUGGGUUUCUUUUACACAUUUGAAGAUGCGUUCAAAAGGCGAGCAUCAACGCAGGAUCGAGACAUCAAUUUUGUGGAGAGAGGGGUAGCGGGGCUCCUGGCUGGUGCCUUAGGAUCCUUAAUUGGUACCCCAACAGAAGUCGCGUUGAUUCGCAUGCAGAGUGAUGGGAUGAAGCCACGAGCCGAACGCGCCAACUACCGUUCGGUUUUCGACGCUCUAUCCAGAAUCACUCGAGCAGAGGGCAUUCGAGGACUCUGGAGUGGUACAACUCCUACAGUCAUACGAGCAUGCUCAACAAACUUCGGUCAACUGACCUUCUUUUCCGAAGCCAAACAUCAGCUAGCCAGACAUACCGAAAUGUCGCCCUAUACGCAGUCUCUUGCAGCCGCGGCAAUCGCGGGCACGUUCGCUGCCAUCCUAAGCUUACCGUUUGACUUUGUCAAAACACGCAUGCAGUGGCAAAACAAGCAGAUAGGAGGAGGAGUGCAGUAUACUGGUUUCUUUAACUGCAUCGUCAUGGUUGCAAGAACAGAAGGUUUGGCGGCAUUUGGUAACGGUUUUGUGCCGUAUUUCUUCAGGAUUGCUCCUCAUGCGGUCAUUAUGCUUACAGUAUCGGAUUACAUCGCAAGUAUGCGAACUCAAGUAUUUUCCAUUGUUCACUUCACACGACACUCUCUGUCUCUAUUGAGAGGUCGCUCGAGAAGGCCCUUUUCCAAAGCGAGAACUUUCCCCGUCAGCCCAGCCUUGAGACAAAUCCACUCCCAUGCCACUGAAUACCUCCCCAGCAACCUUCCAGAAUGGACUGAUUCCCAGCGAUCUGUCCGUGAGGCUAUUUCAAAGAUCUCUGCUAAAUACACUGACGAGUAUUGGCUCGAGAGAGACACGGAACACAAGUUUCCGUGGGAACUUUACAACGACCUAGCCUCCAACGGCUGGUUGGGUAUCUGUCUGCCUGAAGAGUAUGGUGGUGCUGGUCUGGGCAUCUCGGAGGCUGCUGUUAUGCUCCAGACUAUUUCAGAAUCAGGGGCGGGUAUGAACGGAGCAUCAUCGGUCCACAUGAAUAUCUUUGGCUUGGAACCAGUUGCCAAGUUUGGCACAAAGGAACAGAAGGAACGUUGGCUGGUCCCUCUUAUUCAAGGAAAAGAGCGAGCAUGUUUCGGUGUCACGGAGCCAAACACAGGACUUGACACCCUGCGUCUACAGUCAUCGGCCAUAAGAGAUGGUGAUUUGUAUCGCCUAAAGGGGUCCAAGAUCUGGAUAUCCACUGCCCAGGUGGCUGAGAAGAUCCUCAUUCUCGUCAGAACAACUCCUCUCGACCAGGUCAAGAAGCCGAGCCACGGCCUCUCGCUCUUCUACACCGACCUAGACCGUUCUGCUGUGACUGUCACCGAGAUCCCCAAGAUGGGUCGCUCAGCAGUUGACAGCAAUACUCUUUUCUUUGAAGAUUGGAAAGUCCCCGCCAGCGACAUGAUAGGUAAAGAGGGCGAGGGAUUCAAGAUGAUCAUGCAUGGAAUGAAUGCAGAGCGAGUUCUCGUGGGCGCCGAGGCAUUGGGAAUAGGCUACGCAGCGUUACGACGCGCGAGCAACUACGUCAACGAGCGUGUGGUAUUCGGUAAUCCAGUUGGCAAGUACCAAGGAAUACAGCAUCCCUUAGCCGAAUGCUGGAUGAACCUAGAGAGUGCGCGAUUGAUGAUAUAUCUCGCCGCGCGUUUGUAUGACCAAGGGUAUGUGGAUGGUGAAUAUGCAAACGCAGGGAAGUAUCUCGCCUCCGAAAGCGCAUUCAAGGCAGCUGAGAGAGCCAUCUUGUCUCAUGGAGGAAUGGGUUAUGCGAAGGAGUACCAUGUUGAGCGGUAUCUCAGAGAGGCUAUGCUCUCGAGAAUUGCACCCAUUAGUGGAGAGAUGAUUAAGAAUUACAUUGGUCAGAAGGUUCUUGGACUUCCUAAGAGCUACUAG